AUGGAAAUAAUAGGAGCAGUGGCACAGUUGUUCUUUUUCUUCGGUGCAUUGGCUCUGGCCAAUACACUAUGGGCAUACUACCAGUCGCCAAUCAAGAAGAUUCCAGGCCCGUUCCUUGCAAAAUUCACAAAUCUAUGGCGUUUUUUCGACAACUGGGGAGGCAGACCAGAACUGACCCAUCAAUUACUCCACGCAAAGUAUGGGUCAGCUGUACGACUUGGCCCUGACCUGGUCAGUCUCAGUGACCCCGCGCUUAUGCGCAAAAUAUAUGAUAGCAGAGGACAGUUUCGAAAGACCGAGUUCUACUCUGUGAACGACGCCAAAGUCGGUAGCACGAUAAUCUCCAAUGUCUUCAGCACCCGCAGCAAUGCGGAUCAUACCCAAAAACGCAGUCUCCUCACACAAUUUUAUAAAAUGUCGCAUCUCCUCAAAUCCGAAUCCCUGGUCGACGAUACUAUUGACUCAUUCUGUAAACACCUUGACCGUUUUGCUGAUGAAGGCACGGUUUGCAAGAUGGACGAAUGGCUGCUCUUCUUUGCAUGGGACGUUAUCAGCCAGUUGACAUUCAGUAGGCCCAUGGGCUUUAUGGAUGAAGGCAAAGACUACUCCGGCCUACUUGGUACCGCAGACAAGGCUCUCGAUUACUUUUCCGUCAUUGGCCAGAUUCCAGCGCUGGACAAGUGGCUUGCCAAAAAUCCGAUUAUGCCCAUUGGGCCACCUAGCUUUGAUGCCGCGGCUGGUUUCUGCGCCCAGCAGUCCAUUUCCCGUCAACAAGCUGGCGAGAAGACUGAAGGAAAGAGAGACAUGCUUGAUGAUUUCCUCCAACUUAAGAAGCAGAAUCCCCUGACGAUGGACGACAAUGGUGUCAUUGGAGCCGUCUUAGUUAACGUACUUGCAGGAGCAGACACAACAGCCAUCGUCCUCCGGGCAGUAGUUUACUACACCCUGAAGAACCCAAUAAUCUAUAGGAAGCUACAACAGGAACUUGACGAUGCCAAUUUGACGGCCCCUUUGGCAUACGCAGCAGUAUCCAAGCUCCCGUACUUCGACGCUGUAAUCCGCGAGUCCUGCCGAUUUCACCCUGGCGUUGGUCUUCUCCUCGAACGUAUCGUCCCUGAUACGGGUCUUCAACUUGCCGACGGCACUUUCCUUCCAGCAGGAACGAAAGUCGGCAUGAACCCCUGGGUUAUCCACAAGAACAAAACUAUCUAUGGCCAGGAUGCUGAAUCUUUCCGUCCUGAGAGGUGGUUGAGGAACGAAGAGGGUGGAGAGACCGACGAAGCGUAUGCGGAGCGACUUGCAACAAUGAAGAGAAAUGACUUGUGUUUUGGGACGGGCAAACGGGUUUGCAUUGGUAAAGAUAUCAGUAUUAUGGAGAUGUACAAAACAAUGGCGACCUUGUUUAAGAAUUACGAGAUGAAUCUAGUUGACCCAGAGAAAGAAUGGCAUGUUCAGAACUCAUGGUUCGUACGACAAACUGGUAUUAAUGUCAAGGUUCAACGCCGAAAGCCUAUCAUCGCAUAA